UUGAAAAGCGGAAGCGCAGGAGAAGAGUUGAGUAAUGGGUGCUUGCGGGCUAACAGCGCAUGUUAGCUGAAAACAACCAAACAAACACCAUUUAACAUCUAUUUCUCAACGCUACAGGAGACAUAUUGCACUAAUGGAGGUUAUUAUGUCAAUAGAGAAAAUAAACGAGCCAAGCCUCCCUCUGUCAUCUCUCCGCCUCUUGGUGCCCCCACUGCAGCUCCUGUCUGCUGCCAUGUGGCAGCUGGCGAAGCAGAAAGAUGUGAUGAAUUAUGAGAAGCUCCAGGAGUUUGUGUUCAUGGUGACUGAGGCAGUUCCUGGACUGAUCAACCACAGACAGAGAGCCCAGCUCAUCCUGGGUCUAAGAGCGAGGUUGAUUCUGGAGCUUUGCAAAGGCUCGGCUCGGGGUUCUGUCGAUUGUCAAGCGAUCCAGAGCCAUUUGGAUAGACUACCAAUAACCUCAGAUUACAGGGACGCAGAGGUGAAAACAACAGAAUCUACUUUCAUUGCACUUGUUCAGAGCCUGCUGAAAGACGCAGUUGAGAGAGCGUAUUUCUUCCAGGAGGUGUUCCCAGUGGAAUAUGGGCCACAAUACGAUGCUGCUCUGCACGUCUUAUUGUGGGAGCUGCUGUCAAAACUGGAAAAGCUGCUUCCAGUACCGGAUUUAAAACAGACUGCAGCCUGGCUCGGCUCUGCUCCAUCUCUGUUGAAGGAAUGUGUUCAGUCCUCACCUGAAGAGCUGAGCUUAAUCUUCGCGCACUACAGAAGUUCAGGACUACUGAAAAUGCCAUAUGGCCCUUCAUCCACCAUUGGUAGCUGCAUCAUGUCUGCUUUAUCAAUUCCUCCCUCACAAAAGACAAACAUCUCUGUUGGACUGGAAUCAAUCCACAACUAUGCAAAUGUACUAAACCCAGUGACUUUUGUUGGAACGGACCAGUACAGCGUCGUUGCCGUCUACACCGAAGUGGAAGUCGGAGCGUCUGAAGUAGAUGAAGAAAUGAUCGAGUCAGCUGAAGUGCAAGUUCAAACUGAUUUCUAUGAAGAGGAGAUAGUGGCUGCCGGCGGUGAGGAGGCAACCAGCUUGAGGGCAGAAGAGACAAGUGAAACUGUGGAUGUCGCCAAAGCUCUGGAGACUCUGACCAAAACGUUUGCACUAAGGAAGGAGAGCCUUGGUCAGGAUGUACUGUCAGGAAAGAGUAAUGAUUCAUCACUUAAUGAUGAGCUUGGAUCUGCAAAUGCAACAGAUGAAGGAAAAACACACGAGGGACAUGAAACGGAAAGUGACCAAACUGAGGAGAAAAGAGAAAAUAUUGAAGAGGUGAAUGAGGAUUUCAAUUUGAACUCUUGCACAGACUUGAAGGAGGACCAUGAAUCCUUUUCUGUCCAUGAAGACAUGACAGAUGCCCCCAGUGAGGAUCCAGUCUCUGAAACACAACAGUCUCCCAGUUCAGCUGCACAACGAUCCACUUGUCUACAAGUGAAGACCUCGCCCAGUCGGCAGGAGACGUGUGAAAUCCAGAUGUCAUCCAGAGAAAGUGGAGAAGAACCAAAAAUGUGCAAAGCUGAUGUAUCAGUGGCCCCCUCUGUUAUAGCCAUCAAAGGAAUCAACAAAGGUGAUUCGGACGAGAUGACAUCCAUCAUCUUCACCUGCUCACAGUGUCCCUUCCACAGCUCAGAGGAAAACAGCCCUUCUCACUUCCACAUGCAGAGUGUUCGCACUGAAGUAUACAGGACUCUCUCAGGAGCCAAAUAUACACCGUCGCCUUCCAGCACAGAUGAAAUAUUUACAUCCAUUAAACUUUUCCCCAAAGGAAAAACAGAGGAGAGGAAAACAGAACAAUCUGACGAUCAAAGCGAAGUGUCUCAGUCCCAAAGCAGACAGAAAGCCCUCACGUGUGAAACGUGCGGCAAGACGUUCACCCGGUCGUCAGACGUGAGGAGACACCAGCUCACGCACACCGGAGAGAGACCAUUUCAUUGCUCGCAGUGUGACCGAACCUUCCAGCACUCGUGGGAUCUGGCCAAACACGAGAGCAAACACCACGGCGUGGCCAUUUCAUUCUCCUGCGAGCUGUGCGGGAGCUCCUUCGCUAACCUCCGUGCACUGACCGUCCAUCACAAGAAGUCUCACUCGCAGGACAGCCAGCUCCCGGAGAUCUGCUCCAUCUGCAGCCACAGCUUCUCCACUUCCUCCGAGCUGCUCGAGCACAGGAAGUCUCACGUCUCCGCCAAACGCUACAUCUGCCGGCAGUGCGGCGAAGGCUUCGACUCCUUGCUCGCUCGCUCCCAGCACCGGCAAAUGCACCAAGUGAAGAGUCAGUUCAAGUGUCCGCAUUGUGACAAAACGUACACUCGGAGAUCUGACGUAAAGAGGCAUCUAUCCACGCACACUGGGGAGCGACCGUACCAGUGUAGCCAGUGCAGCAAACGCUUCUCGCUCCGCUUUAUGUUCAUGAAACACCUCCGUGUUCACACAGGGGAGCGGCCUUUCCAGUGCUCUCACUGCCCCAAGAGGUUCACGCUGGUGUCUGUGCUGGCCAGACACGAGAGGAUGCACACCGGGGAGAAACCUUUCCUCUGCUCUCAGUGCGGGAAGGGCUUUUUAUCGCAGGGAGAGCUUUCCAAACAUCACAGGUCACACGUGGACGACAGGCCCUACUCCUGCCCUCAGUGUGAGAAACGUUUCAAGAGCAAGAAAACCCAGCAGGAACACAUCGUCUCCCACACUGGUGCCCGCCCGUACCCCUGCACCUACUGCGGGAAGGGCUUCACCAAACCGUACGCACUGACCAGGCACAACCUCAUCCACACAGGAGAGAGGCCGUUCCCCUGCGGACACUGCGAGAAGACGUUCCUCACCCUCAGCGAGGCUCAGCUGCACCAGCGUAUUCACACGGGGGAGAGGCCGUACCACUGCGACGUCUGCGAGCUCAAGUUCAAGAGCUCGUCGGAGCUGGCGCGACACAAGCGGAGCCAUUCGGGGUUGAAGCCGCUGAAGCCGUUCUGCGAGCAGUGCGUGAAAACGUUCCCGUCCAAGGCCAAGCUUAAGAAGCACAUGGAGAAACACAAAGAGGAGGGAGAAACGGCAAAGUCUGUGGACUCUAUACAGCCUGAUGAAUCAAAUCAAGAAAUUAAUAAUGGAGACAAUCUCAGCGGUUAAAUUAGUAGAAUUGUGAAAAUGUAUGCUUGAGUUUGGAUAUUUAUUUAUCAAAUUUAACAAGUUCUAAUCAGGAGAGAAACAUGUCUUGACUGUACCGACUUUAUUAUCAAGUGUGGACAAUGAGUGUUUGGUACCGUUGCAUCCUUCAACCUUUGAGUAAAUUAUUCUGACAGAUCAUUUUUGACAUAUCAGUGUUUUAUACGUGCAGCUCUCCUCUCUCUUCUCCACUUUGCUUUCAAGUUUGCAACACGGAAGUUACAAUGAUGUUUGUUUGAAAUGGAAGUCACAGGUGAACAAAAUUGUUCAUUAAAUAUUUUUUUUUCAUUCCAUACACUGUCUGUUUGAUUUUCUGUAUACUAUGUUAUUGUGUGUCUGUGGGGUGCAUAGAUUCAGUUUCAGAUUUAAAUCACAGUAACUAAUUUAAUAAAAAAAAAACGUGAAAAUCGAUAUUAUUAUCAAGCCCAAUUUACAACUCCAAAUAGUUCUUAA